AUACUGAAUUAUAAUUUUUCCACGUAAAAUAAAAGGGAAAAAAUAUUAUUAAUAAUAUUUAAAUAUUUUUGAAACUUAAAAUACACCAUCGGGGAGUGAUACAUGCAAUGUAUUUAAUUUAUCCAGACACAAGAAGACAGUAUUCUAUCAACACCUAAGAAUUAUUAGAUUAGAUGCUACUCUUGCUAUUGUUGACUUAUUUUGAAUGAAAAGUUUUCUGUAAGCUUAAGGCUAAGCUACCACGUGUUUAGUUCUGGAAAGUGAUAGGUGUUGCAUGUUGGGCAUGCAAAACGCCAGCGUUACAUUGGCACCUUGGAAUAUAUAUAAUAUAUACGUGUCUACUUCCUUGGUGUUUCUCCCCAUCUCUCACCGUUUUCCUUCAGGCAGCAAUAAUAAUGGUUGUGGAUGAAUGGAUCUUGAACAUCCUAGUUCCACCUACGUGCAUAGCUUUGCUCCUUUUCGUUUUACCGCCUUACCUCUUAUUCAAGAUUAUCUACUACGUUCUGAGAUCACUGCUUAAAGAGAACGUUGCAGGGAAAGUUAUCCUUAUAACUGGAGCUUCCUCAGGCAUAGGCGAGCAUAUAGCAUAUGAAUAUGGAAGAAGAGGAGCGCGUCUGGCUCUUGUUGCUAGAAGAGAGAAUCGACUGAAGGAGGUUGCACAAAGAGCCAUGGCGCUUGGUUCUCCUCAUGUCAUUACCAUUCCUGCAGAUGUUUCCAUACUCAAAGAGACGAUGUGAGUAUUAAAACUUAAUCCGUUUGUUUUUGCAGUGGAUCAUCUGGUGAACAAUGCUGGGGUUGUUCCUGUUUGCUUGUUUGAACACGCCACUGAUAUCAGUAAUUUUGCACCCGCAAUGGACAUUAACCUGUGGGGUUCGGCGUACGCCACUUAUUUUUCGAUCCCACACCUCAGAAAAAGCAGAGGAAAGAUCAUAGCAAUAGCUUCCUCGGCUGGAUGGUUGCCUACUCCUAGAAUGAUAUUCUACAAUGCAAGCAAAGCAGCAGUAAUAAGCUUAUAUGAGAGUUUGAGGACUGAACUAGGAAAGGACAUAGGAAUAACCAUAGUCACACCAGGGUUGGUCGAGUCAGAAAUGACACAGGGCAAGUUCCUAUCAAAAGAUGGCCAAAUGGUUCUUGACCAAGAAAUGAGAGAUGUUCUGGUUAGUUUGAUGCCCAUAAGAUCGGUGACGGAAGCUGCCAAGUCAAUAGUGAAUAGCGCCUGCCGUGGAGACCCGUACCUGACAGAACCAGCUUGGAUUAGGACAACUUUGUAUUUACAGAUAUUUUGCCCUCAACUACUCGAAUAUUUAAGCCGCUGGACCCUAAUUUCAGGCACUUCUGAGAGGGACACAAUUAGCAAGAAGCUCCUUCAUUUAUCAUGCCUGAAGAAAUAUCUGUAUCCUGAAUCAGUCAGAAAUCCCACGCUCCAACCCAACUAG